UUGGGUCCCCCCUGCCCUGCGUGAGCUGACACAUCUCAGACCUGCUCUGAGAUCCGCCGUACAAGCGUGGCAACGGCAGCACUGCAGACGACUCCACGCAUUCACUUCAUCACAAUCCGCGCAGCCAAGGAAACCCACCAAAACUUUGCCCCCCAAAUCCCCGGCCCCUCAGGGUUGGGUAGAGCCGCAGAGAAGCAGCAGCGCAAACAAAAACACUCCUCUUGGCGUUAAGAUAAAAAAAAAAAAUAAAUUUAAAAAAAAAACAGAUACAGACUCGAGACGAUAAGCGGAACCGAUCAGCCUCUCCACGUACAUUUUCAUGCUAAACUUUUUCUGAAGUCAGCUUGGAACGCGGAGCAGCGAGCAUCAAACUGACGGACUGAAAAUGGCAAUCACAAGGACAGUCAUCGUUGUAUUAGGUGCCCUCAUGUAUAGCAUGGCAUCCGCAGCAGUCAAUCCUUCUGACCCAGCCACGCAAAAUGAUCCAUCUGACUCAGCCACGCAAUCCGGUCCUUCUGACCCUUCUGACCCAGCCGCGCAAAAUGGCUUGUCUGACCCAGCCACACAGUCUGUUUCUUCUGACCCAGCCGCGCAAUCCAGUCCUCUUGAUCCAGCCGCGCAAUCCGGUCCUUCUGACCCAGGCGUGCAAUCCGGUCCUUCUGACCCUUCUGACCCAGCAGCGCAAUCCGGUCCUUCUGACCCUUCUGACCCAGCUAUGCAAUCCAGUACUUCUGACCCAGCUGCACAAUCUGGUCCUUCUGACCCUUCUGACCCAGCUGUGCAAUCCGGUCCGUCUGAUCCGUCUGACCCAGCCGCCCCAGCCGCGCAAUCCGGUCCUUCUGACCCUUCUGACCCAGCCGUGCAAUCCGGUCCUUCUGACCCAGCCACGCAAUCCAGUCCUUCUGACACAGCUGCACAACCCAGUCCUUCUGACUCAGCUGUAAAACCCGGUCCAGCUGACCCAGCCGUGCAACCCAGUCCUACCAAAUCACCUGAGAAACACGGUCCAGCUGACCCAGCAAUGCGACUCGACCCUUCUGACCCAGACACAGCACCCAGUCCUUCUACAGAGCCUUCCAAACAGAUUACAACUGGCAAAAAAAACAACACUGGGUCACCAACUAAAUUACUCACCACAGCAGCACCUGAUUUUACAACUACUAUUUCUAAGAGUCUUCAGACAAUGGAAAUACAAACAACCAUCGCUCUGGUCACAACAGCCCUGCCUCUGGACCCGCGUACACAUAAGGAAAAUACUGGGACUGGCACCUCUCAGCCUGUAUUCAAUCAUAAUUCCUUUGACCUAAGCAGCAGCAGUAAGGGGAACGCCGUGCGUGAAGCCUGUAAGACGCUGGGUCAGAAGAUGAAAGGAAAUUGCACGGUGAUCGUGGAAAUUCAUGACAAACGUUUAAUUGCAAAAGUUACAAUAGAUGCUGAUCAAAAGAUACAGCCAGAAAACUACAAACCUCCAGAACAGGUCAGUGGAUAUACAGACAAUAAUACUUUGCAGAAAGAAGAUGUGAGCAAGGACACGAUACCAGACAUGUUGAUCGCCAUCUUGGCUUCUUGUGGCGCUUUGGUGCUCAUUCUGUGCUGCUUUGCUGCGUACUGCACUUAUCAUCGCAGAUCCUACAGGAAGAACCAGCAGCAACACCUGACGGAAGAGAUGCAGACAGUGGAGAAUGGCUAUCAUGACAAUCCCACGCUGGAGGUGAUGGAGGUACAGCCGGAGAUGCAAGAGAAGAAACUGGCAUUGAACGGGGAGUUCAACGACAGCUGGAUCGUCCCCAUGGACAACCUGCUGAAAGAGGACAUACCUGAUGAAGAAGACACCCACUUGUAAUGGCACCGGAUGAGCUGUCAGGAGAGAGAAACCUGCUGCUCUCAUAACGGUGGAUGGUGAACGGCCAGAAUGUAGAGAAAGCGGAGACUGACAUAAAGACUAUCAAACAUCAGUUGUUUUCAUUUGGUGCCUGGAUGUACAUGCUGUAAGUAGGUAGUUAAAUGCUAAGUAUGUGCUAGAAAUAGAAGAAAAGUUUCAAGUUUUGUGUGUCACUGCGUAUGGGAAAAUCUAAAUUCUGUAAAUGGAACGUCAAUGCAUUCCAUUUUCUUCCAAUCUAUGGCCUCUCUUUGUGCCUUAACAUUUUUUUUAUCACACUUAGAUGUUUCAAAACCAAUAGUUUUCUAAUAAACAAUUUGAUGAGCAAAAAAUAUAUAACAAACAUUGGCUAAAAUAUCCAAUUUUUUAUUUAAAACUGAAUGAUAAAAAAAAAAAAAGAAUUUAGAUUUUCCACUGCAAUGCAUUUUGGGGACUGCAUUCUCUAAAUGUGAAGCUGCCUUAGAAUUUGGCCAAAAUAAGGCAUACAUUUCACUGUCUUUGCAUUAGGAGUGUGCUUUAUGGUGCCUUAAAAUGUUAUCAAGCAAAGUCAAGUUUAAGUUUCACAUGAAAAAUUACUCCAUGUUUCUCUAAAGUGAUAUAUUCAGGAUUCAAGUUCACAGUUUCUGACCAGUGAAUUUCCAUGAUUUUCCCAUGAACUUUCAAAUCAAAGUUACAAAUACAAAGUUGUUUCUACCAGAUAAAAGUGAGCAUAAAUUAUUAUUAUUAUAGAAAUUUCCAUCACUUUUCCCAUGAAUUUUUGAGGCCCAGAAAACACAUCUAGGAUCGUGGGAACCUUGUAUUAUUUCCUGAGAGGAAUUAUAACAGUUUUGCUUGUAUGUAAUGCUUAUUUCUAUGCUUCUUCCACAAUUUGUUUGUUUUCUGUUUAGGGAAGAUUAACUCUCAUAGGCACCAAAUUACGCUUUGACCAAUGGAUAAUUCAUCCUGGUAAAUUAGACUAUGGGUCAAAAGUAUGUGACCCCCAUGACUGGCAGAUAACUUUUUCAUUAUCUGCUCCAUCUGUGUUGGUCAUCAUACCAGUAUGAAGGUUUUCAUUCUCGUCAACCUGAAACAUUUGACACUAAAUCCAACACAACUCACUUACAUUCUUUAAGUUUAGUUACAGGUA